CUUGGAGAUGUUGUUAGUGCUCUAACUUUCCUAUCUUCUCCCCUCUGUGUACACAAUGUCUUUGUUAACAACUGACAACUAAUCGAUAUUGCCACAGAGGGUAAUGAGAAAGCCAUUCAAAGUUUGUAAGUAACCAUGACUGCAGCUGCUCUCGUAGGAGACCAGCUAAUCCUCGAAGAGGACUAUGAUGAGACCUAUAUACCCUCUGAACAAGAAAUCCAAGAGUAUGCAAGAGAGAUUGGCAUUGAUCCCGACAGUGAGCCGGAGCUCCUGUGGCUGGCCAGGGAAGGUAUCGUUGCCCCUUUGCCUCCCGAGUGGAAGCCUUGCCAGGAUGUGACAGGAGACAUCUACUAUUUCAACUUCUCCUCGGGCCAGUCCACCUGGGAUCACCCCUGCGACGAGCACUACCGGCGUCUGGUGGCCCAGGAGCGUGAGCGGGCCCAGCUCGCGGCUGCUGCAGGAGGCACAGGGGCGAAGAAAGACAAGGACAAGAAGAAGAAGAAAGAAAAGAAGGAGAAGAAAGAGAAGAAGAAGAAAGAGACACUCAAGACCCCUGGAGCACUGAGUUCAGCUUUGGGACCCCUACCAUCCUCGCUGGGCAGCUUGGCUCCUCUGAGAGGUCUGGACGCCCCUGGUUCAGGCCCACUCCCUGGUUCUGCACCUGCUCUCCGGCGGUCCCUCGGCAGCUCUGGGGGACUGGAGCCCCUGAAGACAUCUCUCGGGGGUCCAAGGAGCAGUGGGGCAUCUAGUGUUUUGGGCAGUAGGCAGGAGGAGAGGGUGUCCCUCACACUGCAUGGCUUUGAUGAUGAUGAUGACAAUGACGACGAGAAAAUCUCAGAAAACGAGCCGAGUCCUCGUGGUUCUGACCGAUUAUUGAAGAACCUUCAUCUGGACCUGGAUGCCCUUGGAGGAGGUCUACAGUAUGAGGACAGUGAGGCCAGUGGUGGAGCCCCAGCUGAGGAGAGGACAGAGCCAGAGUUGCAGGACUUGGCCCUAUCCGGAGAUCAAAGCCCUGAGCCACCAUCCCAACAGGAUUCUGAUGCUGGUAAGAACACUGAGGAGGCUUCAUCCUCCAUAGAUGUCAAGCUGUCGGAGAAAGUCCUUGACAUCAACGACCUGUCUGGCACUGUCAGUCCACUGGAGAAAGAUGACAGAGAGGAAAGAAAAGAAGAAGAAGAAGAGAAUGAGGAGCGGGCAAAUACAAAGAGGGCAGAGGCUGCCAAGAGGCAUUUGCUGGCUACUGACAAAGACAACCCUCCAGCUCCGAAAGUUGACCGACUCGUCCUUCACCAGUCUAGCCCUUCACCCACCAUCUCAAGCUCGCCCCAAUCAGAGCAAGAUGUUGGGCUCCAACUAAAAAACGAAGGCCUGGGCACUGGGUCUCUGGGGCUACAAAGGCCCGAAACCUCCAGAGGUCGGCUGGUCCGCACCUCCAACACCCAACUCGAAGAUGAUGAACCCCCCUUACAAAAGGGGGCAGAGAGAGAUGAGAGGAAGGUGGAGAGGGAGAGGAAGAAGGCUGAUCGAGAGGUGGAGGAGGAGAGGGAGCAUUUGAUGAAGGAGAAGGAGAACAGAAUACGUCGCCUCCAGGAGGAACUGAGGAGAGAGGAGGAAGAGGAAGAGAGGAAGCUGAGGGAGGAGAGCGAUGAAAGACUGAGGGCUCUGCGCCGGCGCCUCCUGUCUCAGAGGAGCGAGGAGGAGGCUGGGCUGAAUGAGGAGACUGAUAGGAUGCUGAAGGAACUCAGAGUGUCUGCCCAGGGGCAGAGGGAGAGGCAGCAGCUCAAACUCAGGGAGGAAAGUGAAGUCAUGCUGAAGGAGUUACGCAUCUCUCUGGAGGAAGAACGAGUGGCGGAGCACGACAGACUGGAGGCCAAGAAGAGGCAGGAGAUUGAACGUCUGAUGGCAGAGUCGGAAGAGGAGCUCCAAGCAGAGAAGAGGAGGCUCCAGGGAGAGAGGGAGGAGAAGCUCAACUCUCUGAAACAGGAGGUCAAAAUCACAGAGAGGAGGAGGGAGCUCAUGAGUCCACGACCUGAACAGCAGCUGGCAGAGUACCAUCGAGAGCUGGCUGAUGUUCUCCAGGAAGUGCGGGAGGAAGUGCAGCGUGAUCACGAGAGGAAGCUGGAGCAGCUGAGGGAGGACCACAGGAGAGAGAUGAACAACAUCAGAGAGAAAUACCUGGAUGAGGAGACAGCCCAGAGGGAGCGCUUGCUCUCUACUCUGCAGGAGGACAGAGAGCGUCUCCAGAGCUUGCACGCUGUACAACUGGAGAAACUGCGCCUGCAGCUCGACACACAGAUACAAAAGACACAGCUGACACACUCGCGCAAGGAGUCAGAACUGCAGGAUCUGGCAGAUCAGAUGGAGCUGAGAGCUAAAGAGUUGAGGAGCCAGGAGGCCAUGCUGCAGACCAAGGCAGCAGAUCUGAAGAGGAGGAGGAAUAAACUUGAGGAAGACGAGGACGAAGUGGGCAGACAGAUAGAAGCCUUACCCCGGCUGAUCCAGGAGAGAGACCAGCUGAAGGAGGAGCUGGAGAGGAUGAGAGAGGAGAAACAUCAAGCCAGAGAACUGAUCCAGAGAGCGAGGGAGGAGAGAAGCGAGGCCAAGAAGGAGGAGGAGAGGCUGAGGGAGGAGAGAGACAAAGCCAGGGAAGAGAGCAGGAGGGCCAAGGUGGAGAAGGAGCGACUGGAGAGCAAGGUGGCGCUGCUGCAGGAGAGAUGCGACCGUCUCAGUCGCAGAGUCAGUGAGAUGGAAGAAGGCGAAGGAGUGAGCUCUUGCUCCAGGCUAGAACCCAAACCGGACAAAAAGAAGGCGGAGAAAGCAGAGGCGACGGCGCCCUCCAGUGACAAGAGAGACUCAUCGCUACAUGUAGAAGACCUGGACGACCCACCACUCUCCCCUGCACCUGACAGCCACAGCAGCAUGGAUGAUUUCAGACGCUACAUCUCCUCACAUGGAGCAUCCAUCCAAAAAACCAAACUCUUCCUGGAGAGGGAGAGCAGCCGGCUGAUGGAGAGACAGGCAGCUCUGCGGGCCGCCCAGACCAGCUCCUCCCAGGACCCCAACCAGGAAGGAGGGGCGACUGAGGACAUGAUAAGAAGCCUGCAGCAGGAGGCCAGAAAUGUGGUGGAGCUGCAGCGGACGGUUCAGAGAGGAAACACUCUCCUGCGGAGGAAAGAGGAGCAACUCCAGCAGCUCCAGAGCUCUAUAGCUGACAGGCCGCUCUUUGAGGAUCUGUCUCGGCUGGCAGGAGAAAGGAAGGUGACCUUUGAUGUAACCGAGUCGGACCUCAGCAGCACUGUGGACCCACCAGACGGGACAGGUCAUCCCACCGUCCCCGAUAAAGUCCAGGAGUUAGCAGAGUCCCUGCAGCAGAUCUCAGGCCAGCUCAACACCGUCCUGAGUGCGUUGGGUUCACUGGCCCCGAGACAGAGCGCCACAGCCUAUACAGGCUUCCCUAUGCCUCUGCCUCAGCCUCACUCCACUCCAGCACCCACCUCCACAUCUUCCCCAGUCAUGCCCCAGAUUCACACCCUGGGCCCCAGCUCCUUAGCCCCACCUCCCCCAGUGAGGCUCUCAGAGCCAUCCUGGAACUGGACGCCCCAAGGCACCUCUGCAGCCACCCCUCUCUUCAGCACCCCCAUCAGCAGUGGGCUGAGGGCCUCUGAGGACCUCAUCAACAGCCGAUGGAGCCAGAUAUUCCCCAGAGCAGCUAUGGACCCAAUCAGCUCCAGCACCAUGAGACCAACCUCAGCUUGCUCAUCAUACACGUCUGCUAGUGAACAUGGCCGUAGCCUGCGCUCCAUGCAGAAGUCAGUGGAGGUAGACGGCCAGAGGCUGCAGGGGCUGAUCGACGGCAACAAGAGGUGGCUGGAGAUGCGCAAGAAAGACUCUAGCAUACCUCUGUUCACUCGAUAUCAGGCUCCUCCGACCAAGAGCGGCCUGGUCCAGCUGGGCCUGGACGAUAACAACCAGAUCCGAGUCUAUCACUACUGAGGACAGGACGCGCAGUUUAGUCCUGUUGAUCUGGACGUGUCACUGAGGACUUUGGAGCAUUCAUGACUGUGGCAGGGUCUCACUUUAGGAGUCCUGCGCCCUCUUGUAUUCAUUCCUUUGUAAAACUUUUAAGCAAAGUCCGACCUCCUCUACUGUGACUGUUUCUACUUUUUGAUAUUCCGCAACUAUUGGCACAGCAGAAGCAGCUGUUGUUUAACGUAGGCUUUAACACAUGCAGAGAAAAAGUCUUGUGCAUAUAUAUAUAUUUGUAUUUUUCUAUAAAAAAUGUAAUA